AUGUCCCCCUCAGCCGAAACUCUCCCGACACAGGAGUCUACUCCUCAAUCCACCACCACCACCACAACCACCCCCCAAGAACCUAUUCCCCAUGACCCAACCCACGAAGAACACCAAUACCUAAACCUGAUCCGCCGCAUCCUCAGCGAAGGCGAGCACCGCCCCGACCGCACGGGCACCGGAACCCGCUCGAUCUUCGCCCCUCCACAGAUGCGCUUCUCGCUCUCCAAACCCUCCACCAACACGACCACCGGAAUCAAAGAAUACACCCCGAUCCUCCCCCUCCUCACCACCAAGCGCGUCUUCCUGCGCGCCGUCCUCGCCGAACUCCUCUGGUUCAUCUCCGGCACGACCUCCUCCCUGCCCCUCAGCGAAGCCGGGAUCAAAAUCUGGGAUGGCAAUGGCUCCCGCGAAUACCUCGACAAAGUCGGUCUUUCGCACCGCGAAGUCGGCGACCUCGGUCCCGUGUACGGCUUCCAGUGGAGACAUUUCGGGGCGGAAUAUGUCGACGCCAAGACGGAUUACUCUGGUCAGGGUGUCGAUCAGUUAGCCGAGGUGGUCAAGAAAUUGAAGGAGAACCCGUUCGAUCGCAGAAUUAUUAUGUCUGCGUGGAAUCCUAAGGAUAUGAGGAUUAUGGCCCUGCCGCCGUGUCAUAUGUUUGCGCAGUUUUAUGUCCGCUUUCCCGAUGCGAAGAGGGAUGAGGAGGGUGUUGUGAGGGAUGGGGAGUGGGGAAGGGGCCAUUUGGAUUGUUUGUUGUAUCAGAGGAGUGCGGAUAUGGGCCUCGGGGUGCCGUUUAAUAUUGCUUCUUAUGCGUUGUUGACGCAUUUGUUGGCCCAUGCCGUGGAUAUGGUUCCCGGGACAUUGGUGCAUACGUUGGGCGAUGCGCAUGUUUAUUUGGAUCAUGUCGAUGCGUUGAAGGAGCAGAUUGAGCGCGAGCCGGUGGCGUUUCCGGAGGUGAGGAUCAAGAGGGAAGAUCGGGGUAGUGGGGUCGUUGAUGGUUGGAAAGAGGAGGAGUUUGAGGUGAUUGGGUAUAAGCCGCAUAAGGCGAUUAAGAUGAAGAUGAGCGUGUAG